CUCCGCCCCGUCUGGUCGCCUGCGCGGUCGGCGCUUCCUGCCGGGCAGAGGUGGUGGCUGCCGGGACCCCCGCGACCCUCCGGGAUCCGCCGCCAUGAGCGGCCCGGAGCCGCCGGGGCGUGGGAUGCGAUUUGCGGAGAGCCAGCUACGGCGGCACGGCUGGCGGCGAGGGCAGGGGCUGGGGAAGCGGGAGGACGGCAUCGCCGAGGCCAUCCGGGUGAAGGUGAAGUGCGGCACGGCGGGGGUGGGACACGACGCAGCGGAGCCCUUCUCCUUCCACUGGUGGGAUCACGUCUUCAACAGGGCGGCUGCCAACAUUGCUGUGGAGGCUGGGCAGGAUGGCAUCUCCAUGAAGACAAUUUCCGAGCAGGGAGUCAGAAUCAGCAAUAAGAAGCCCCGCAAGGCCAGCAGUGCUGGCAGCAUGCUGUAUGGCCACUUCGUGAAGUCAGCCACGCUCACAGCAUGCGGGGAGGAGUUCACGAAGCUGCCAUCCGGCUCAGAGAGCAGCGAGGAGGAGGAGAAGCUGGACCUCUCUUCGGCCAGGAGGCUGACGGACGAGGAGCUGAUGCGAGCGUGUGGGGGCCGCACAGCACACAAGGGUGCCCGUCACGGCCUGACCAUGAGCGCCAAGCUGGCACGGCUGGAGGAGCAGGAGCGAGCCUUCCUGACCACAUACCGACACAAGGAGUGGCAGCAUGAGCCACCAGAGAGCAGCCACCUAGCAGAGAGGCAGGAAAAAAAGAAGAAAAAAAGGAAACAGUCCAGGGACGGAGCUGAUCCCGAAGUGCUGCAGGGCCAGGAUCCAAGCAGAGAAGAGGAGGUGGCGGGACAGGAAGGGAAGGUUGUGAAGAGGAAGAAGAAGAAGAAGAAUCAGGAGCCAAGCAGAGAAGAGGAGGUGGCGGGACAGGAAGGGAAGGUUGUGAAGAGGAAGAAGAAGAAGAAGAAUCAGGAGCCAAGCAGAGAAGAGGAGGUGGCAGGAGAGGAAGGGAAGGCUACAAAGAAGAAGAAGAAGAAGAAGCAGAAGGAGGAUGAGGAGAAAGAAGAGCCAGUUGAGACAGAGAAGAAGGAGAAGGAGGACAAAGAAGAGCCAGCUGAGACAGAGGUACCUCUAGAAGACACAGAUGGGCCAGAACAGGCUGGGCACAGCCCCAGGAAGAGGAGGAAGAAGAGGAAGAAGGAGCCGGAGUGAGCAAGGGCCAAGGCUGCCGUGCUGCGCAGCUGCUGGUACCACCUGGCUGUGAGGGUCCCAGUCCUGCCUGCUGGUGCUGGUGGGUGCUCAAGGGUGCUCCAGGCUCUUCCCAGGUGGAGCCCAGUGCCGUGGCCCAGCUGUGUGUUUGCUGCCUGGGGAUGCUGGGCUGGGACUAGUUGCUCUGAAGCUGGAUCAAGCUUUAUUUCACUCCCUGAGCCUUCCUCCCGUCAGAGGUGACCCCAGUUCCCAUCAGGCCCUGGGGCAGGCACCCAUUUGCUGUGGGUCUGUUGCAGAGGGACACAAGGGGACAGACCGCACAGAGUAUUGAAAUAUUUUUUUCAAGGGCAUGAAUAAAUCUUUAUUGCAAUGAAA